AUGCGUUUUGUCGGGCUCGUGUUGUCUUUGGUGCUUACCGCUACUUUGACAGUGGCUACUUCCUUGCGCCUUACCACUUGGAAUCUCCGAUACGACUCUCAAUCUAACAAUUUAACCGUGACCGAUUCUAUUGCAAACCUACCCGACCGACUGAUAGAGCCAGAGCCUUACUAUGCUGAUGCCUCUCACGAGAAACCCUGGAGUACGAGGCGAAUUGGGGUUGCCGCACUGCUGAAAUUUCAAGGGUCGUCAAUUAUAUAUCCCAAUAGCUUUCCAGGAGGCGUGGUAAGGCAAGUGCAUGAUCUACAGGAGCUCCUCGGCAAGGAAUGGGGUUGGGUUGGCGUUGGUCGCGACGAUGGGGUAGAACGCGGGGAGUUUAGCCCAAUAUUCUUCAAAAAAUCUGUGGUGGAACUCAAGUCGUGGGAUACGUUCUGGCUUACCAACACUCCGUUCGAUGUAUCCAAAUAUCCAGGCGCUGGGUCAUACAGAAUUUGCACAGUUGCCCGUUUGUCCAUCAGUGGAAAAGAUUUCACACUACUAAACACACAUUUUGAUGACCAAUCUGAUGCACAACGGCGCCUUGCGGCCUCACUUAUCUUGUAUCGGGCAAAAUACGAGGCCGCGACAACCCAAGCGCCCGUAUUUGUUAACGGAGACUUCAACAGCCCUGCAGAAGGGACAGAUAACGGCGCAUACAAGAUAUUCACUGGCGUGAUUGCACCAGUCGCUAUCAAUGCCACUUUUGCGCAAAAGUUUGCUGUACCCAAGAACAAACCCCUGCCCGAGGGAUUCAAGAUGGUCGACACGAGGGGAGCGACGCCACGCGAGAAGGUGUUCGGACAUUUUGCCACAUACACAGGGUUCUCCGCUCCUGGCUACACAAACUCGUAUGGGAGAAUAGAUUUUGUCUUUGGAGCGUCGCAUGUCAAGUGGCAAAGUGUUGCCUACAAGGCAGAUGAGGUUCUCUACGAUGAUGGUAUCUACCUGAGCGAUCAUCGACCGGUUACCGUCGAUCUGGUCCUGGAGUGA